GAUUCAGAUAUUACAGCAGCAGAGGAAACUCUCCAAUCUAGGACCCUGCUGGCAUACAUCUGUGAGGAUGUCUUACUAGCUGGCCGGACCGUGAGUCUUUGCAAGGAAGGCAGUAUACGUAUUCGAGAACAAGGUACAUCACUGGUCCUUACCGUGUGGAGAGCAGACGAGGUCGCAGAAAAGCCACCACAUCUGGAGACCAUUCAGUCAGGAGAGGUGUACAAGCACUUGAUAGAAAGGUUCACUUCAGCUGAUGACCUGAUCCUUGUGUACGGACCACUAGUUGAUGCUACAGUUGCAGCUUUUAGACUGCAUAGAAAAGCUGUAACAGUGGGAUGUCCUGAAGUUGAGGAGGAAAUUCGAUUGAUGGUGCGGCAAUCUACCCUAAUGGACAGCAGUGAUCCCUACGAAUACAGCGACGAUUGAUUUAUAUUAGGACGCUUGGUCAAAGGGGAUACGAUUUUCUAGUUUGGUACAUGGUCAAAGGAGAUAACAAUUUCUAGUUUGGUCUUUGGUCAAAGGGGAUAAAAAUUUCCGGUUUGGCAUUUGGUCAAAGGGGAUAAAAAAUUUCCGGUUUUGGCAAUUGGUCAAAGGGGAUAAAAUUUUCCGGUUUUGGUAUAUGGUCAAAGGGGAUAAAAAUUUCCGGUUUUGGCACUUUGUUCAAAGGGGAUAAAAAUUUCCGGUUUUGGCAUUUGGUCAAAGGGGAUAAAAAUUUGGCUCACACAAGUGGAGUAAAUUGUAUAUCUAUCAUUCAUAGGUAUUUUAUUAUUUGUACUUAUUUAUUUAUAUCUGUUAAUGUAUGAAAAUGUCCAGAUUUUGACAUUUGGUCAAAAGGGGAUAAAAAUGUCCGGUUUUCAAGACAUGGUAU